UGCCAUUUCCUCCCAGUCCUUCAAUAUUCAGCGACAGUACCUUUUGACUUUGGUAAUUCAACAUGCCGAGCAGAUACGGAUAUUGCAGCUAUUGCCUCGUGCGCUAUACCGAUCUGGAUGAGCAUGUGAACAGUCCCGAACACCGAUUUAUGACCACACAGAACAGAGAAUGGAUGGGUGGUGGUAGUAGUGGUGGUAGUGGUGGUGGACCCGGAGGACAAGGAGGAGCCGGAGGACAAGGAGGAGCCGGAGGACAAGGAGGUCCCGGAGGACCACCUGGAGGUCCAGAAGCAUCAGGAGGAGCAGGAGCCGGAGAGCGCGACGCCGAAGUCCCCAGCAGCAGCCUGAUGGAGCGGUUCCUGCAGGACGUGCUGCUGCACCACCCCUAUCAUUACCAAGAAAGCAGAUCAGGACCAAAUGAAAAUAAUCCCGGACCUUCUGGAAAUAUCGCAGCCCCUGCUGGGGAAGACGAAGCAUCUGCUGAAGUGAUUCUCAUGGAUGAUUCCGCGUCUGAAGGAAUGGCUGACGAGGCUCCCGGAGCCGUGACCCAGAAUCCUGAGCCUUCUGAAGGGUCGCGUCCUGGGCCUAGUGGGUCACAGGAAGGUAGACAGGGCGUUCCGAUGCGGGCAUCAGUUAUUCAGAAAUUUGAGAGGGGCCAGCAGCAGCCCUUGAAAUUUGUUUAUAAAGUUAGGAGUGGCCGGAGAGAAUUUAGUCCAGUAGAUGUUGGUCAAGCUACAAAUACCGGAGGUCCCUCAGUGAUUUCUGCUGCUCCUGCUAGUCUUUUGCGCGAAAGUGCUAAUGCUCGACCAGUUAUAACUAGUGCUGCUAGGUUGGCGGUGGCAGCGGCAGCCAGUUCAGUUUCGGUUAACACACGUGCCCUAAACGUAGUUGACCUUGUACAGGAAGACGAGGGCCCUAGCGAGCCUAUGCCCUCAACCAGUUACGCUUCAAUGUCCAAUCCGACACCUAACGAGUCAAACAGAAAACCUGUAGAUAUAAAUCCAGAUAAACCGGUUACACAGGAAGAUGUAGAAUCUCGGGGUGAAACUUCCUCCGCUGGCGUUCAGUCUCAUGCAUCUGUGGGUCCUGAGGGUUCCUCAAAUGUUGCGCCUGUUACCACACUAGCAGUUAACCCCUCGACCAGUCAGAAUAUAGAUGAUGAGAUUUAUAAAAGAGGACUCAUUGAAGGCGCCAUCCCAAAGCGCCGUGACAAAUUCCUUCCUAUUAUGGAUCGUGCCCAAGAGAAAAAGCACUCGGUCUUCAAGAAGCCAGCCCCCAAGCCGGCCCCCAAGCUAGCCCCCAAGCUAGCAUUCAAAAAGAAACACUCGGUGAUCACCUCCAUGGCAUUGGCAUGGGGCUCUCAGUCAGUGUUUGCCCAGCCUGCAGUGGCUGUCCAAGAUCUUUGCUGCCAGGAGCCAACUGCCCACGAAGAUAAGACCCCUGAACCAAGAGGUCCCGAAGUGAGUGUGGAUCGCAGUUCCUCUCUUCUCGCCCUGGCUGGCCAACCGAAAGUGACUGCCACAGAAACAGUCGUUUCAGAGGGGGCACGUGAGGCUGUGCAGCCUCCCAGUAGCGAGCCUUCUGUUUCUGAAGUAAGUUCUGCUCACGCUGCCCCUCAGCAGCAGCUGGCUACCAACCGAAUUCAAGUCAUUGUGAGAGGCAUGAGCGCUCCGAAGGCGGUGCCCAUCCGCCUGGUUGACGAAAGCUAUGAUUCUAGUGAUUCUGAGGUGAACUAUGAUGGUGAUGCCUCCCUUCAGCCAACCGAUGACAACGCACAGCAGCCUGCAGAAGAAGUAGGCCUUCCUCAGGAGGCGCCCAUGGACUCCGGUAGCUCUGAAAUAAGCGCCGGUUCUGACUUACCACUUGAGCCAGGGACUGAGCAACUCCCAGUGGCUGCAGCUGAACCAGAGCCUCAGGAGGAGGUUUACGCUGGCCUGGUUGACAUGCACUAUGGGUCGAGUGGCUCUGAAAGUGGCUGUGAUACUUCUCUUCAGUCAGUAAUUGUUCAUCCCCAACUGGCUGUCAAAGAAAGCAACCUGAAGGAGAGCCCUGCCAGCCUGGAAGAUGACAACCAACCCAGUGGUGCUCAAGCACACCUUGACUAUGGCGCCUCUCUUGAGGCAGUGACUGAUGAACCUCCAAGCGCUGCUGAAGAAAUAAACCUUCCGAGAGAGAACAACGACAUUGUGGAUAUGGACUCUGACUAUCGUCGUCCUGAAAUGAAUAUCCACCCUGAUGCCCAAUUCGUGGCUGCUCAGCCUCAAGUAGCAGUUCAAGAAGCAGACCCUCAAGACACAGCUGUUGACCCACAGAAUCAGGGUGCUGACGCUAGUGCUCCUGAACCAAGGGUGGACCCUCAUGCCUCUCUUCAACAGCCAGCCAAUGAACAACCUCCCGGAGCUCUGGGCGACAUAAACACGAAAGAGUUAAGCGUUGACAUGGAAGUGAAGAACUACGGGUGCUCCAGCUCUGAGUUGACCUUUGAUUCUGAUCCUCCUCUUCUGUCAGUUACUGAGCAUUCUGAGGUAAAAAAAAAGGACAGUAACAUGGAAGAUGAGAGCUGUGGGUCAAAUAGCUCUGAAAUAACUUUUAUUUCUGAUAUUCCUCUUUAUUUAGGAUUUGACCAAUCUCAAGUAGCUGACCAGUCUCAAGUAGCCGAGGAAGAACCUGCUGCAAAAAAAAACAAGAAUAAUUCAUUUUGUGGUUCUGAAAUGACUUUUGAUCCCAAUAUACCUCUCCCUUCCGAGACUCAUCAACCCGACGUAGGUGUUAACAAAGUAGUAAUUCAGAAAGAAGACCGUGCACACCUACGAAGGAAGAAUGAUGAGCCCAGUAGUUCUCAAAUACGUUCAGAUUUUUAUGUCUCUCCUCUUUCAGUGCCAAAUUCUUUUGGAGUUCUCAUUAAAAGACGAAAACUUCAAGAAGAACCACCGAUGCACAUUGAACCUAGUGUUUCUGGAUUAAGUCUGAAUACUCCUUCAGCAAUUGGACAUUCUGAAAAUCCCACCGAAGAAGUCAACCUCCAGAAUGAAGAAAAUAAAGGCAAUGAACCUGAUGUUCCUGAAAACACUUUGGAAUCUUCUACUUCUCAUUCAGUGACCAAUCAUCCUGAUAGAGCUGCGACAGAAAUAAACCGUCAGAAGGAAGAACAAAAAAACUUAAAAGAUAAGGGAAAGGAAUUAAGUGUUUCUGAAACGAGAUCGGAUUUCAGUAUCCCCCAACAGUCAGUUAUUCAAAGAACUGACGUAGUUCUUAAAGAAAUGCGGCUUCAAAAAAAAAAGCAUGCUGAAUUUAGCGGUUCUAAAAAAAAAUUCGAUUCUGAUGUCCCUCAUUAUUCAGUGACUGAACCUCAAAUAGCUAUUCAAGAAAGAAAUGUUCAGAAAGAUAAAUAUGUUUUAGAAAACAAGAGUGAUAAUUAUACUGGCUCUGAAAUAAAUGUCCUUCCCCAUUUGAUGACUGAAAAACCUCAGCCUGCUGUUCUGAGGGAGGACCAUGCUGACCCAGAAGUUGAAAGUGCUAAAUCUAGAGGUUUUGAUAUAAAUUUGGAUAUUGGUCCCCCUCGUCCAUCAGUCAUUGAGAAACCUCAGCUAACCCUUUUAAAGAAGAAACACGCUGAUCCAGAGAACUCAAGCAGCGAAUCUAGCUAUCAUAAAGUAAAUUUUGAGUCUAAUGACCCUCUUCAGCCAUUAACUGCACAAUAUCAGGACGUGAUGCAAAAAACAAACCCGUGGCAACAAAAGGCUAUUGACCCAGAAAAUAAAGUCGAUAAACCUAAUGAGACUCAAUUAAUACAGGAUUCUGAUGUUUCUCCUCAAUCUGUGCCUGAUCAACCUGAAGCCGCUGUUGAACAAAUAAACCUUGAGAAUGAAGGUGAUGUAGACAUGGACGAUAAUACCAGCCAAUAUGGUGGUUCUGACAUGAGCUUGGAUUCUGAGUACUUGGCUCGGUUAGCAGUUGAACAAUCUCAAAUAACUGCUUUGGAGAAGGGGCACAUUGAGCUAGAAGAGAAACAGCAUAAAUCCUGUGGUUCUGAAAUAAGUUUUGACUCUGAUGACCCUCUUCAGUCAGUGGCUGAGCAGGUUAGAGAAACCGUCAAAGAAAUAAGCCUUUGGAAGGAUGAAGAUGUGGAAGAGACAACCUAUAAACCAGAUGGUUUUGCAAUUAGGUAUGACUCUAAUGUCCGUUUUCAGUCAGUGGCUGGCCAAACUGAGGAAAUUAUUAAGGAGAUUAACCGCUGGAAGAAACCUGUAGACGUGGAAGGUAAGAUGGUCAAACGUAGUGAUCCUAAAAUAAAUUUUGACUCUAAUCAACAUGUUCAUUCUGUGACUAAUGAAAUUCAAGAGGCUACUACAGACAUAAAUCUUCUGAGGGAGGGACAUGUUUAUCUGCAUGACAAGGGCUAUGAACCCAAGGACUCUGCCAUGAUUUAUCUUUCAAAUGUCCAUCUUCAACCAGCAGUUGAGCAACCACACAUUUUGGAAGAGGAACAUGCUAAUUUGGAAUAUAAGGGCAGUGAUCCUUGUGAUUCUGAAAUAACUUUUACUUGUGACGAUCCUCUUCCAUCUGACCAGCUCGAAAAUGCUGGUAAAGUCAGCCUUUGGAAGGAAGGCCAUAUUUACCUGGGAGAUAACUAUAAAGUAGAUGGUUUUCAAAUCAGGUGUGAUUCUGAUGCUCCUGUUCAAUUAGUGGUUGGUCAGUGUCCUGUGGCUGUCAAAGAAAUAAAUUUGGAAAGGGACCAUAAUGACUUAGAAAAUCAGCACUGUGAACCGAGUGUUUCUGGAAUAAAUUGUGGUUCUGGUAUUCUGCAGUUAUCAGUUGACCAAACUCAAAUGACCCGUCGGAAGACCGUGCAUCUUGGCAUGGAGGAAAAGACCAGUGAUUCUGAAACAAUGUCUGAUUCUGAUGUCCCUAUUCAAAUAAUAGUUAAUGAUUUUCAGGUGUCAGACAAAGAAGCAGAAGCAGAACCUCCGAAGGUGCUGCUAGUGAACCUGGUGUCCGGGGAUAGUGACUGUGAAGUGAUUGCUGAUUCCAGUGCCUCGUGUCAGCCAGUGAUUGACUCAUCUCAAGCAACUGUGGAAGGAAUUGCCGGUAUAAACGCAAAAAGUUUUGACCUAGACGGUGCAUGCUGUGACUGUUAUGUUCCAGAUCUAAGCUAUGCUUGUGAAUCCUCUCCAACGUCAGAGUCAAACCAAUCCAGAAAGGCUUUCAAAGUAGUAAACCAGAAGAAAGACUAUAUUAUUCUGGAAGAGUCCCCCUGUGAGCCUUAUGGUUCUGAAAUAAACGUUCAAAAAGAUGCCCCUCGCCAGUCCAAGACUCGCCAAUCACCAGGGCCUGGUAAAAAAAGGGCAAGAAAAAGUGCCCCAAGAGGCAAGAGAGGUAAAUCUACUAGUCCUAAAAGAAGAUGUAAUCGGGAAGAGACUUCUCCACCAAAGACUCGUCAACAGAAGAAAGCUGCCAAAGCAGACAACCCUCCGAAAAAUCAGAAAGGCCCACGAGGUAGGCGCGGUCGACGCGGUUCUUCUGCAAAGAAUACUAAUACCCCUCCUGAGACAGCAGAGAUUGAAAUGGCUAAUGGAGAAAACACUUUGAAGUUGAAGUUAAAGUUAAAACGUACAGAUCAAAAAAAUAAGAACUCUAAAUCUGAAUGUGUUUCUGGGGUGAGCCUUCAAGGUGAUCCUUCUUCUCAGUCUGACCAUGACCGGACUCAAAAAGGUGUGAAGAAGAUGUCUUUCAGCCUGAAAGAAAUGAAGCGUAAUUCCCCUUCAAGCUCUGGUUCUAGGGGUGGUUCUGGAAGGAGAUCAAAAAAGGCAAAGUUGGUUUUGGAAGAUAGGUCUGAUGAACCAGUUCUUGAAGCCUUGCCUCAUGUCCCUCCUUCAUUUAUAGGGAAAACAUGGUCUCAAAUAAUGAUAAAAGAUGACGUAAAAGUUAACACUCUUGUGAGGGAAUUUAAGGAAGGCCGCUUCCACUGUUACUUUGAUGAUGACUCUGAGACCCUGAAUGUGAGAACAACAUAUUCCAAUGGAGAACGGAAUUUUGUCUCAUCGGACCUAAAUGACACUGCAUUCAUUGAAAUUCUGUUAGAGUGUGAUUAUAAUGUUGAUGACUUUUCAGGGGCCUUAGAUGACCCUAUAGGAAAGAUGUCUUAUGAACAAACCUGGCGAGUGACCUCAAGAUACCAGACCGUGAAAGUCAGCAGUGAAGGUCAAACCAGUGUCAUGAGUUACGUAGUGACCAAAACAGUAAGUGAACAUGAGACAUACUCGCCAUCCCUGAAACGCUUACCUGUAAACAACAACAGGAGACCAAAAAAGAAAAUCCGAAUCGGAAGACUUGAAUUUCUUGAAUCAUAUGCUAACAUUUUGAAGCCUUUGAACCCCAAUGCCUUACUCCAUGGUUCUUCAAAUCUUAAGCUGAAUGAAGGGGAAUCCUUGAACGUCUCUGAAAUUAGCCAGCCAAAUGAUAAAAACAAGCAGGACAUUAAAAUCCAGUACAAAUACAAACUUGGUUCUUAUGAUCCACUGGAUAAACAAACUGUAAUUGAUCCUCCUCUGAACACAAAAAUACCAGGACCUGACAAGAAUGAUGACUGGAUUCAAAUUCAGUUCAGCGACCUGAUCUCCAGUGCAGGAGAGGACGAUGCUCAUGUACAAAGUUCUCCUGCAUCACCUUUCAUUACAGUGUCAGUAAGACACGAAUUAACAUCCGACCAGGGGGACAAUGGGUCUUCAGUACUUCUGGCAAAAUCGGAGAUCUUGAACUCUGGUGAAUUUCUGAAAGAGAAGAAUUUCCUGUUAACUCUCUUAAACGGUGAUGCUGCCAAAACCCCACGAAAAUCAGCGAGAAAGAAGUACUCAAAAAAUAAAAAGAAGGUUCAGAGAAGGAAGGCGACAACUACUAAUAAGCCAGACUUACUAAAAAAGGUGGACAAACAAGUUAUUCUUCAGGAAAUAACUGGAAUCACAUCAGAAAAGCAGUCAGCUUGGAUUCCUUCCACACUAAAUGACAUAGUUAAGAAGUACAUUUCAGAAGUCUCUGAUUUUUUGCGGCACAAACACCAGUCCAGAAGGGCUUUUAUUGGGAUGCAUCUUAAGAAGAUCAAAUCUGUUGUCAGAAGAGUCAAGAAGGCGAAGAGACCAGCCAAGAAGGUUUCAGACUCAGUUCCAUCAGCUGAUGCCGAAGAGCAGCUUGGUGCUGUCAGCAGCUCUUCUCCCCAGCAACCCGUGCAGGAUUCUCCCAGCACUGAAGAAACGAAGAAGAAUGGUAACAAAAAACGCCCCAGAAGAAAGCAAAAAAGGCGACCCAAACCUGUCAGAAUAUAUGAGCUGAGAAGUUUAUAUUCUCAGGUGCCAUAUUCUGACAGAAGGAUGACUCGCCUUCUACACAAGCUGUUGCUCAGUAAGGCAGGCCGCAAGUGUUUGUGCUGAAGCCAGUUGAGAUUCAGAGCUUCAGUUGAAAUAUAUUUGACAAUUAGAGAACAUAGCUCUCCCAACUAUGACAAAAAAAAAUUAACCUUCAACUACUUUGCUAUAGACAGCAUUCAUCAGAACUUCUAUAUUAUUUUAAAAUUAGUGUUUAAGGUCCUUUAUUAAAAAAAAGAUUCAAAAGACCCUUUAUCCACUUGCCAUAGAAGAACUUCAUCUUAAUUUAUGUCACAUAAUUUAGCACAGAAUAUAUAAUUUUCUCCCCCAACUCAAGUCCCUCUUAUUUAUUUUUUUUUCCUGACUGUAUCUCAUGUCAGAAGGUUAUAAUAUUAUAAGACUUAAUAUGGCAAACAUUUAACGCUAUCUUAUUUACUUUUCAAAUAUCAGAACAAUGAAUAUCUACUUAUAUUCGGUGUGUCUCAGAACGGCACUAUCAACAUUGUAUUCUAACUGGACAAUUAAGAAACUGUAAUUACCUCAACUUUCGAGUGAGGUUGACUUAAUCACAAACAAGAUAUGACUUAACCUUUCUUUCAAAAGCAUUCCAGAUAGUGAGAUUCCACAACCCCUUAAUACAGAUUUUAAAAACUGCCUGGUAAUUUUAUACACACAGCACAAACUCUCUCUGCUUUAUUUAAACUGGAUCUACAAAUCUCUAACUCUCUACAUCUGGACACAUGCACAUACACAAUCUCUGUAAUAAACAGUCUCCGUUUUCCUUUAGCAUUACUGUAUCUUAAGGGGAAAACAAUCUUGCCAAUGUGAGUAUACUUUUCUAUCACCUUUAUUCCCUUGCACCUGAAGGGUUGGUGGUUAUCUAUGGCCGUAUCUCUUGAAAAUAUUUUAGACACUACCAUACUACUUUUUAAUAGCUUGAACUGAAAUUAUUGGUUCGGUAAUUUGAUUACCAGACCAUUGAUUGUUGUCAUGAGCCAAUUACGUACUUAUAAUCUUGAUACCUGAAAAGAACUAAUAAAAUUGACAAAUCAGUGGAGGCUUGUUUUGCAAGUGAGAAAUUAGGUAUUUGAACAUUAGGUUGGCUUUCCUUGAACUUGCUAACUACUUUAUUAAAAAAAAAGUUUUAUUGAUUUCAGAGAGAAGAAGGGAGUGAGAUAGAGAUAGGAAAAUCAGUGAUGAGAGAGAAUUAUCAGUCUGUUGCCUCCUGAACGUACCCUAUUGGGUUUUGAGCCCGAAACUCGGGCAUGUGUCCUGACCGGGAAUCGAACCGUGACCAUCUAUCUGGUUCAUGGGUCGACGCUCAAACACUGGGCCACACCGGCAGGACAACUUGCUAACUAUUUUAAUGAUCAAAUAGAAGAUGUUAAUACAAGCAGAUUUUCAGUCUGAGAUACUCAGAAUGUGUUUAGAUCCUUUAUUCAAGGACAUUGGUUGAGGUAGUUCAGAUUGGUUCAUUUAUCCUUAAGCCAAGGAUUAUGGACUAUUUAUUGUUAAUGUUAAAGGAAAACAUGAAUUUAAAAAAUAUUGUAUAAACCAUAUUUCAUUGAAACUAUAUCAGUGUACCAUGAUUUCAGAAAUAAAAAUGUGUUGUUAUCUUAGAAUUAAUGAAAUAUAGUGUUGUAACAGUUGAUUUCUAAGUGUAGUUUAUUUCAGGGGCCAUUAUUUAACCUGUGCGUAUGCUAUGAUGGUGUUAAUUUCUUUACUUCUGAAUUUAUUUACAUUAAAUUUAAACCAGUAAUUAUGUUGAAAAAGUGGAUAAAUGUUUAUUUUUAGUUGUAAAGCAACUUUAACUUUGCCUCAUAUAAAAUAUUUUAAUUUCCUUUCUUAAAAUAUCACUGUGGAUCACUGGUUUAAAAUAAUUUUCCAAUUUUAAUUUAGGAAGAAUACUGUCCUACUGAUUAGGAAGUACAAGUAGCUAAUAUAUGAAAAUAUUGUGGGGAUUGGAUCUUUUUUCCUAUGAAGUAGACAUAUAAUCCCCCUAAGUACUAUCAGUAGGCAUUCUGCAUACUUUUAGUGUAAAUUUAAAAGCUACAGAUGAUGGAAAUAAAGCACUGUGUAAUUAUGAUGUAUCAUAUCUAUUGUGAUUACAUCAUGCAAAGAAGACAAUUCUUAUCAUUCAAAUGAUCAAACAUAAAAAUUUACUAGCUUUCCCAUGUUAGAAACUCUUCUAAGUCCCCCCCCCCUUUUUUUUGAGGAAAAAGAUUUAUAUUUAAAAAAUUAUAUUACUAAAAGUUAAAGUAUACAGUCCUGAUGUAUUUUAAAACAUUUUGGAACUAUUUACCUAAGUUCCUGUAAUCAUUAUUUUUUUAAAUAUAUUUUUU